AUGCUGCUAAAACUAGUCGUGCUUUCACUGUUUUCGCUACAAUGUUGGAACAUUCUGUCAGCUCAAGAACAACAAUGCACUGAGGAAGCAGCUAAAGUAAGACAACCAUAAUUUAAAAAAUCACUUUUAUUUAACUUCUAUCUUGAAAAAAAUUUUUUAUUUUAAAAUGUUAAAAAAAGUUUUGUCGUCAUUUUACCUUAGCUUGUAUUGUUAAAAACGACAUGACUUUUUUAAACCGCAAAAAAAGUUGAAUUUUUAAAAUUUUUGAAAUUUUAAUAAUUAAAAAUAAAAUUUUAAAGCCAAUUUUACAUUUACAGAGACUGUUCUCCUGUGCCGUCGUUCUGACCGAAAAAUAUUACGAAAAGCCAGACUAUGAGACGGUCGAAAACUUGAAUUUCAUGCUCAAGAGCCUCAAUGAACACGACUAUGGAAAGGAGAAUUGCUCGUAAGUCAACUUUUUAUUGAAAAUAAAUUCGGUUUAGUAGGUUUAGGCAUAGUAGGCUUAGGCUUAGUAGGCUUAAUUUUAGUAGGCUUAGUAGGAUUAUGCUCAGUAGGCUUAGGCUGAGUAAACUUAGGCUUAAUAGGCUUAGGUUUAGUAAGCUUAGGCUUAGUAGGCUUAGGCUUAGUAGGAUUAUGCUCAGUAGGCUUAGGCUGAGCAAACUUAUGCUUAAUAGGCUUAGGUUUAGUAGGCUUAGGCUUAGUAGGCUUAGGCUUAGUAGGCUUAGGCUUAGUAGGCUUAGGCUUAGUAGGCUUAGGCUUAGUAGGCUUAGGCUUAGUAGGCUUAGGCUUAGUAGGCUUAGGCUUAGUAGGCUUAGGCUUAGUAGGCUUAGGCUUAGUAGGCUUAGGCUUAGUAGGCUUAGGCUGAGCAAACUUAGGCUUAAUAGGCUUAGGUUUAGUAAGCUUAGGCUUAGUAGGCUUAGGCUUAGUAGGCUUAGGCAUAGUAAGCUUAGGCUUAGUAGGCUUAGGCCUAGUAGGCUUAGGCUUAGGAGGCUUAGGCCUAGUAGGCUUAAAAAACUAUUCUUCUUUUAGCCUAAAGCCGCUAAGCUCCAGCCUAUUAAGCCUAUGCUUAAUAAGUCAAAGCCUAUUAAACGUACGCCUAUUCAGCAGAAGCCUACAAAGCCUAAGCUUGCUUAUCCUGAGCUUACUAAGCCUAAAUUUUCUAUGCUCAAUUCUAUAAACUUGACCCUUAAAUCCUAAGCCUAAGACCUAACCUAAGUCUAAUUUCAAGCCUUUUUAAAAAAAUAUGUUUUCAGAAAAUUCUGGCAGUUAGCACUAUGUGCACGAUCAUUGUCCAGUUGUUACGGUAUGAUCGUACAAGGCUCGUUACUCAGUAAUCUUCAUUCGUCAUUCGCUCACGCUUUUGGGGUCUGUAAUGGACUUAGCUCAAAUGGUAAAGGUUUACUUUAAUGUUUAUUAAUUUAGGCCUAUCAAGAUUAAUAGUUUUUUUUUAAUUUUGUUAAGCCUAAUGGAAAAUUAUUAUUUUUUAAGGUCAAGAGCAUUAAUUUUAACUACAACAUCGAUUUUUAUAUCAUUUUUUAGAAUCUGUCAACGUGGCUUACUGUUACAGUUUUCUUGGUACAACAUGCACUGAAGACGGGAAUUAUUAUUGCAGGUAAUACUUUAUUACGAUACUACACUUAUCUUUUUCUACUCCACACUAUCCUGCCAGAUCUUUCUCGUUUUAUCUUACCUAACCCUACCAAGCCCAACCCUAUCGUGCCCAACCUUACCUCGGAUGCCUUGCCUUGCUUUGCCUUGGCUUAUAUAACCUUCCCAAUCACCUACUGAACUCUACUUGUUUUACUCUACUUCUUCAGUAUUUUAUUAAAGCUAACAGUAUUCUUACCAAAGCUUACAGAGUCCGUUACCGUCGUAAAAAUUUUACAUUUUUAAAAUAAAUGUCAUGCCUAAUUUAAAAAUUUUCAGAGAAUCGUAUUUCUCCUGUUUGAGUGGUUAUGUUCGACGAGAAUGUGUGGACCUGUCCCCGCUUGGCCGCCAAACGCUGUGUUAUUUGAUUGGAUACAAGAGCAAAAAGACCUGUCAAUACGGAUCAUUGUGCAGUACUGAGUUGUGGACAGAAGAAUGA